AUGAAAAUUACGUCCUGCAUAUAGCGUCCUUGUCUACGUAGAUAUUCUAAUCUGUUGUUCAGGUUACCCAUUGAUCGUUGCAUCUCAGCUGGUAUGCCACGAACUUCGUCUUCAGUUCUUUGUUUCAAUUAAUCCAGUGUCUUUGGCCGAGUCGUAGAGACCCGACUCUUGAGGUAGCCCGCGAGAAAAAAUAUCAAAUUGAUAAUUUGGAUGGGUUCUAUUACUGCCAAUAAAUUGUUGUGUUGUUGGAUGUAUUCUUUUUUUUUUUUUUUGUUUGCCAAAAGUUCCCGUUUAACUAACAUUUCUAUCUGGCAAAUCGUACGCCAAAGUUUAAACAAACGAGAGUACAACAUUGUAACUAGGCGUUGAACAGUGACGAGAUUCUGCAAGAUAAGAAUAAUCUCUGUCCUUAAGCAUGGGCGGUGGGCCCUCCCUCUCUUUUCUAUGGCCUUCACUAAUCAAAAUUCCCGCGCGUCUUGUUUAAGAAAAACAAAUUCCCGAAGUUGGCCGAAGGUGAAGUCUUCGGGCGUGUUCGGGUAGGUCCUCAACUCUAUGUGGAACUUAGGCUUAAGUGCAUAGAAUAAAUAAGUAAAAAUACUCGUGUUUCUUUAAUUUCUCGGCUAAAUAUUUCGUUUUAAAAUCAAGGUUGCCAAGGAUAUUGCAUCUAUGACGAUGAAAAUGUUCCUUUUCAAUAAAUUGUUUUCUUUAUUUGUUGUUUGGUUUUUAAUGAUUUAACAGCAAGAAACUAAAACAACCUCUGUUGAUUUGGAUUUAUAUAAUUUAUCUUAAAAAAACUAAUGUUGAUUACAAAAUAAGAAGAUAAAUUAAAAUUGCCUUAGGGUUAUGUGUUAAAAUAUUGUGACAGAAAAUGGGAAAUCUGUGUGGUGGCAAGAAAAAACAAACUACCCACUUAGAUAAGGUCAAGAAGGAGCUGAAUGGCAUCAUCCUCACUGACGACCAGCUACGUCGCCACAGCCAGGAGUUCCUGAAACAAAUCAACUUGGGACUUGCCAAAAAGACCAAUGCCGAAGCAGAUGUCAAGUGCUUUCCCACCUACGUACAAGACCUGCCAGAUGGCUCAGAAAGAGGAAAAUUCCUUGCUCUCGAUUUGGGUGGCACCAACUUCAGGGUCCUGGUGAUAGAUCUCGGUGAGAAUUUCCUGUUCCGGAUGAAAUCCAGGAUCUACGUUCUUCCACCAGAAUUAACGCUCGGCACCGCAGUUCAGCUGAACGACCACAUCGCGGCUUGCCUGUCGGACUUCAUCCACCGCCACAGCAUCGCCAGCAGCAAGCUGCCCCUCGGCUACACCUUCAGCUUCCCCGUGCAGCAGCACGGGCUGACCAAGGGCAUCCUGACCAACUGGACCAAGGGGUUCAACGUGAGCGGCUUCGCGGGCCACGACGUAGUGCAGCUGCUGAAGGACGCCAUCAGCCGCCGGGGGGAUAUUGACAUAGACAUCGUAGCUAUUCUGAACGACACAACUGGAACACUCAUGUCAUGUGCUUGGAGGUACACCAACUGCAAGGUUGGUCUCAUAGUUGGGACGGGCUGCAACGCCUGCUACGUGGAGAGGACGGAGAACGUGGAGCUGUUCACGGGGGACCGGUCCAAGCCCUACAUGAUCGUCAACACCGAGAUGGGGGCGCUGGGGGAGUCGGGAGGCCUGGACUACCUGCUGACGGACUACGACCUGGCGGUCGACAAGACCUCCCUCUACCCUGGCAAGCAGAAGGGCGAAAAAAUGAUGUCAGGACUUUUCCUAAGUGAAGUCAUACGACGAAUUCUGGUGGACAUGGUGGAGAAGAAGCUUUUGUUAAACGGAGAAAUGCCCGAAAAACUUCUGCACAAAGAUGCGGUCCAAACACACUACAUGUCGGACAUAGAAGCUUCCAAGGAGAAGGGGAGCCAGAAAGACUGCGAGCGGCUGCUGAAGGACCUGGGCGCGCGCACAGUCACCAAGCAGGACUGCGAGGUGGUGGCGUACGUGUGCGAGCUGGUGGCCAUGCGGUCCGCCCACCUCGCCGGCUCCGCAAUAUCCACCAUCAUCAACAAGAUGGGCUUCAAGGACGUCACAGUGGGGGUCGACGGGUCUGUGUACCGCUACCACCCCCACUACCACGACUACAUGAUGUCCGUCAUGACGAAGAUGAUCGACAAGGGCACCAAGUUCGAAAUGGUGCUGUCAAACGAUGGUAGCGGGCGUGGGGCGGCCAUCGUAGCAGCAGUCGCUGCCAAGGAGCACGGCCAUUAGCGACCCCUUGCCGCUGUCACGCCCGAAGAGAGCCAACUGUUUGAUCCAGUGUCAUUCAAAUUUUGUUGUGUUCCAGUGAAGUGAUGUGUUUUUAAUGAACAAAAUAUUCUAUGUAGAAAUAUUGUAACUAAAUUUGUUCAAAUAAUGACUUUCAUGGCAAAGAACUUAAUUUAAAGCUAUGACUAUGAGGGUCUAGCUUUAAUUUACAAUCAUACAUACGAUUAAUGGUAAUGCAUAAUUUUAAGAAACUAUUACGUAUUGCAUAAUUGAGGAAAUAAAGCAAAACAUAAGUAUAUGUAUAAAUAAAA